AUUCCCACAUCUUGUGCAACUUUCCUUAGUCGGAAGCUUUGAGAAACCCCACUUUGUUCUACUACACUGAUACCCCUCAAAGAAGUAGAGCCUGUUCUGAUCAAAAUGGCACAGAGACCAGAACAAGUGGAAGUCGAGGUCGACGGUACCGGAGAAAGAAGCCCGAGAAACACAGUUGGUGGGGAGUCUUUCCGGCGAAGAAGCAAAGAUCAGGUACCGGAGGCUGCACCCAACUCGGGUGGACCUCGGGUUCUGAGGUGUAGCUCAAGCGCUUCGUUUUCUAGUAAAGGUUGGAAACCCCCAAUGAGCAAGACCAGGUCGAGGCUUAUUGACCCACUUGAGGAACGGUGUCCCAAAUCAGAUAGGUUGGUCCAUUCCGGACGACUGGUCGGAAAACAUGAAGAGGACGAUGGUUUUGACGUUGAUGAUAUACCCGAAGAGUACAAGAAGAUGAAGUUCAACACUUUGACGUUACUUCAAUGGGUGAGUCUUGUUUGUGUUUUAGGUGCUUUGGUUUGUAAUCUUUGGAUUCCGAUGAUAAGGAGACUAAGGCCGUGGGAUCUUCCGAUUUGGAAAUGGGAGUUGUUGGUUUUGGCAUUGAUUUGUGGGCGUUUGGUUUCGGGUUGGGGGAUUCGGGUGGUUGUGUUCUUUGUGGAGAGAAAUUUUCUGAUGAGGAAAAGGGUGUUGUAUUUUGUUUAUGGGUUGAGAAAGGCUGUGCAGAAUUGUCUCUGGUUGGGUUUGGUUUUGGUUGUGUGGCAUUUGAUUUUUGAUAAAAAGGUUGAGAAGGAGACCAAGAGUAGGAUCUUACCUUAUGUGACUAGGACACUAGUGUGUUUUCUGGUUGCUACUUUGAUUUGGCUUGUGAAAACAUUACUUGUCAAGGUCCUUGCUUUGUCUUUCCAUGUCAAUGCCUUUUUCGAACGAAUUCGGGAGGCUUUGUUCAAUCAGUAUGUGAUUGAGACGCUUUCUGGUCCUCCUUUGUUCGAAAGGCAGCAGAUACAAGAGGAAGAGGAAAAGGCUGCCGCAGAGAUUAGGGAGUUUCAGAAGGCAGGGGCUUGUAUGCCUCGCGAGCUCAGGGCAACUCUUCUUCCAAGGAAUGGGCCGGUUGUGGGGAGUGGUGGACUGCAGAGUAGCCCCACAAUCGGGAGGAGUCCUAGAUUUUCUUCUACGCCUACAACGCCUAAGUCUGUGAAGCAAGAUGAGGAGAUCCCAGUUAACCACUUGAAUAAGCUAAAUCAGAAGAAUGUAUCAGCUUGGAAUAUGAGGCGAAUGAUGAAUAUCAUCCGGCACGGCUCCUUAACCACUCUAGAUGAACAGAUACUGGAUGUUGAGGACGACUCUUCUGUGGAGAUCAAAACUGAAUGCCAGGCAAAAGAGGCAGCGAGGAAGAUAUUCCUCAAAGUAGCCAAGCCAGGGGCCAAAUGCAUUUUCCUUGACGAUCUGAUGCUUUUUAUGAAUAAAGAUGAAGCCUUGAAGACAAUUGUUCUCUUUGGAGCAGCAGGUGAACAUGAUGGGAUCAGCAAGUCUUCUCUUAAACAUUGGAUGGUGAGAGCAUUUAGAGAGAGAAGAGCUCUAUCAUUGUCUCUCAAUGAUACGAAAACAGCAGUGGACGAACUCCACAAUUUAUUAAACAUUCUUGUGGGUGUGAUCAUUGUGAUAACCUGGCUGAUUAUACUUGGGAUUCCAAUCACCCAUUUCCUUGUGUUCAUAAGCUCACAGAUUCUUUUGGUUGUAUUUAUCUUUGGGAACACAUGCAAGACAGUUUUUGAAGCAAUAAUCUUUCUGUUUGUAAUGCACCCAUAUGAUGUGGGUGAUCGUUGUGAGGUGGAUGGAGUCCAGUUGGUAGUUGAGGAGAUGAAUCUAUUAACAACAGUCUUUCUGAAGUUUGAUAACCAGAAGGUUAUAUACCCCAACAGUGUUCUUGCUACCAAGCCAAUUGCUAAUUAUUAUCGUAGUCCUGACAUGGGAGAUGCUGUUGAUUUCUGUGUUCAUAUAUCAACUCCAUUGGAAAAGUUGAACAUUGUGAAAGAAAGAAUCAUAGGGUACAUUGAAACCAGGACUGACCACUGGCACCCAGCACCAAUGGUGGUCUUGAGGGAUGUGGAGGAACUGAACAAACUGAAGAUAUCAGUGUGGCUUACACACAAAAUGAACCACCAGGACAUGGUGGAGAGAUGGAGUCGUAGAGCCCUUUUGAUUGAAGCCAUGGUCAAAGUGUUCAAAGAGCUUGACAUUCAGUAUCGCUUGCUGCCUAUCGAUGUCAAUGUCCGAAACAUGCCAAGUUUAACCUCCAAGCCCCCUUCAAAUUGGACUGCUUGUGCUCCCUAAUCAUAUGCCAAUGCUUCUCUCUUUUUUUGGGGUCAAUUUAUGCUAAUGCUAAUACUUGUUGCUAGUGCCAGUUUCAAGUUUGGAGACCUACCUAGAAACAGCAAAUCCUUAUAAUCUUAGCUAAGCACAAAUUAUAGGACGGACGGUUCAAGGCACGUAUGUUGGUACUAGCUGGUUCCCCACUCAGGCUUUGGAUUGUGUAGUAAACUUCAAACCCAUGACAGGAUUGACUGUAUAUGUUUGUUUGAACAUCAAUUAAACAAGCUGAAUACCUCUUGGACCA